AUGAUGACGUCGCUACGCAACUUCCUGACGCUCCUGUGGUGGCACAUUUGCCAUUGCAUCACCUACUACGUGCAUAUGCGGCUUCUGCCACCUUCCAGCCAGUUCUUUCAUAAGGUGGUGAUCAUCGGAUCCGACUUUGCAGCAGGUAUUGGCGACGACUUGACGCUCGGUGGUGCUGCUGGUGCAGGCGUUGCUAACUACCUCGAGAAGAUUGUCGCGUCCGACGACAAGGUUCGUCACACUUGGGCGGUCAUCAACGCGGGAGCGCCUGGGUCCAUGACAGCCGAUUGGCCCAUGUCUUCACCUAAGAAGUACUUCAAAAGCGUAUUCACGUCGAACGCCAUGAGCGACGCGUCCAUCGUGAUCAUCCUCCUCGGAUCCACAGAGAUCAGAAAACACCCAGGUGCUGCUGGAUCCGAGAUACAUCGCAACCUCGUGGAGAUCUGCGAUACGUUGCAGAAGAAGAGCAAGCAAGUGUGUCUUGCCACAAUUGCAAGCCCUUGUCCACUCGACACUGGAAUGGACAAUGGCAGCUCGACUACUGUCAACACGGCACUGGAGCAUUUUUGCAAAAGCACGUCGAUGGAUGCAGCACCCGUCAUUCUCGGGCCUCGUCUCGACACGUACGCGUUCCGUCGCGAGAGCGCGCGUUCAUUCGAUAAGUAUCACUUCAACUCGCAGUCGUACCGACAGCUAGCGUACAACACGGCGGAUUUCUUGAUCCCCAUGAUGAUGGCUGAAGAAUAG